AAAAGAGCUUCAGACAUGAUCCAAGAGAGUGAGCAGGGAAAAAGAAACCGGGACAUGAAUUAACAAUAUAAUCAAAAAAGAAGGAGAGAAAGCACAGGCUUGUGAACUGAAACUCUGGGUUUUUAUCUCAGGGAACAUUGAAAAUGACCGGCACCUUACCAGAGUUCCUCAGAGAAUACCUGGCUAACCGCCAGAUUCACAAAAAUCGUUUGGUGACCAAAAAUGGCCACUGCAACAUUGCAUAUGGCAGUGUGAAACAAAGCCAUUUUUUUGUCCACUUCCUAGAUUUCUGGACCACCUUAAUGGAAAUGCGCUGGCGUUUUGUCAUCUUUCUCUUUGGAGCCUCCUUAGUGUUUGGCUGGUUCAUCUUUGGACUAUUCUGGUAUUGGGCUGCAUUUGCUAAUGGUGACCUAACCUGGCAAAACCCACCUGCUGGCCAUAAAUAUUGUGUAGAAAAUCUUUUUGAUAUGAAAGGUGCCUUCCUUCAGUCUAUAGAGACUCAGAUGUCAAUUGGUUAUGGUUAUCGACUCAUCACCCCAUAUUGCCGUAGCGCCAUGACCAUUUUCACAAUUCAGUGUGUCUUUGGGACAGUGAUUAUCUGCUUUUGGUGUGGGGUGAUUAUGACUAAAGUUGCCCGAGGCAAAAAAAGGUCCAGAACCAUCAGUUUUAGCAAGAUGGCAGUUAUAUCUUCUCAAAAGGGCAGUCUCUGUUUACAGAUACGAGUGGCCAAUAUGCGCAAAUCUCUGAUGGUUGGGAGCCAGAUCUAUGGCAAACUUCUUAAGACAACCGUCACUCCUGAAGGUGAGACCAUUAUAAUGGACCAGAUCAGGAUAGAUUUCAUUGUAGAUGCUGGAAAGGACAAUCUUUUCUUUGUCUGCCCUUUGACCCUGUACCACAUCAUUGAUGAAUCAAGCCCAUUUUUCCAAAUGACAGUAGACACUCUUCACCAGCAGGAGUUUGAGUUAGUGGUGUUUCUCGAUGGCACUGCCGAGUCCACCAGCUCCUCAUGCCAGGUCAGAACUUCCUACCUACCUAAAGAGAUCAUGUGGGGCUAUGAGUUCCUACCUAUCAUCUCCCGCAGCAAAGAGGGAAAGUUUCAUAUAGAUUUCUCCAACUUUGCCAAAGUGGUUCCUGUAGCUACACCACCUUGUGCUAGUCAGUUUGUCAAAUCUCCAGACGGCUUUCACGAUACUCAGACUGAUGGUCACAGGUUUCAAGAGAUGGAAGACCAGUUCUGUGCUACCAGUUUGUAAUGCAUGUAAGUGUUGUUUAAAUAUUUGCAUUUACCUUAAGGGUGAAAGCUUGUUAUGUUCAUUCCAAAAUCUUAAGCCUUUAUGUCUGAUUUCACUGCAAUUCAGAAAUGUGAUUUUGAUUAUUUCUAAUCAUAAAUAUUGCAUUCAGUAGACCUAUAAGAAAUGUGGCUGUCUAUGAAGAAUAAUGUGUGCAGAGUACCUUUGUCACCUCACAGAUCCAGGGUCCCAGCGUGGUAUGUGGACUGCCUGCUUUACAUCUGAAAUAGUGUGUGAAUGCAUGUGUUCAUUGUCCCUGCCAAUGGACUGCUGUCCCAUCCAGUGUGUGUUCCUGGCAUACAUCCAGUGUUCCCAGGAUUGGCUCUAGUUUCAUUGUGACUGUAAAAUGAAUGAAUGAAUGAAUGAAUGAAUGACUUGAUGUCAUCACUCAAUUGGUUCUGAUAUGUGCAUCAUGCAUCAUACUUCCCAUGAAUGUACCCAUAUGAGAACCUUCACUAAACUUUUGACACAAUAUUGAGAGAAACAGGUGUAUUGAAUGCCUUUGUAUGUUGUAGCAUUGCAGUUUCCUUUCACGCGAACUACAUAGCCCAGCAUGACAAUGUCCCUGUGCAUUAAUCACAGAGCUGCAAGAAGAAAUGGUUUGCCAAAGUUGGUGUGGAAGAACUUGAAUGUCCUGCACAGAGCCCUGAAUCUGACUCAACCACAUUUAACACCGUUGGGAUGAAAUGGAACACUGACAGCACCCUAGACGUCCUCACCCACUAUCUUUGUCUGAUGAUGCUCUUGCAGCUGAAUGACAGCUACGCUCCAACAUCUAGUGGAAAGCCUUCCCGAAAGAGUGGAGGAUAUUAUAAGAGCAAAAAGAGACUCAAUCUGGAAAAGGGAUGUUCAACAAGCAUUAAACUGAAGAACAAUUAAGGAAUAAUUGAAUCACAUUAUUUCUGUAAAACACACUGUACGUUAAUAUUAUGAAUAUUCAUUGUCCAAAAGCUUAAAGCUCCAGCACUGACUUGAACUAAAAUAAGUUUUAAAAAUUAUAAAUAUAAGAUAAAUUUAUUCAGCAGAUAUACUAAGACUUGGCUGCACUUUUGUUGUGCGUUAUCUCAAAUAAUCAUCAUAGUGUUUAUAUAAUGUUUCAUUAUUAAUUGUUAAAAUGUUUAAUUAUAUGUUAAAGAUGAGCUACUAAAAUGAUGAGCUGAAUGAAAAUCUGUGACACUGUAUGCGUUCGAGGUUUAUAAGGCUUUUUAUACUUUAUUUUAUUUUAUCUUGAUAGUUGUAAUAAGUUACACACAUCUAGUAAGCUAGUUUUGUAGUUUAUUUGUAAUCCUGGCUGAAUAGUGCAUACUUUGAAUAAAUAGUUGAUCUUAAGGAUAUUUGUAUUCUCUGCUCAGCCAGAAGAGGGCAGAACAGGUAAAGCAAAAUCAAUCUGUUAGAACUUGUGACUUAAUACAUUUAUAUAUGUUUUCAAAAAACUUUAUUAGACCUGAGCUUAAUGAGAAAAGACCCUUGAAAUAAACUGCCAUUUUA